UGAAAUCUAGGUAGGGAAGAUGUAUUCUGAGAUAUUUGAGAUCUCAACUGGAGUAAUUAAAAGAAUAUAAUGAAGCAGUGAAGACCAGGGGGUGGCAGUAAAUGCAACGACACGGAGGACAGCUGCAGUUUAAAACCCAAAGAAGGAGAAGAAGAUGGCAUCCACCGACCAACCUGAUCCACCAACACAGCCUGGCCUUCUACCUGGAGAUGAUGCAGCAGCUCCCCCCAGAGAAGCACUGAUUACCACUGCUGUAAAAUUUCUACAGAACCCAAAAGUACGUCAGAGUCCCUUGGCCACCAGAAAAGCCUUCUUGAAGAAAAAAGGGCUGACGGAUGUGGAGGUAGAGUUGGCCAUCCAGCGCUCUGGCAGCACAGAAGAAAUCCUGCCUUUGAGCCCUGUGGGGCCCCCACAUCCACUCCAUGCUACUCAUCUGGUUCCUGCACCACACAGUCCAACAGGCUACAGAUGGAGAGACUAUGGUGCCUUCACCAUCAUUAUGGUGGGCAUCGCCUUUGGCUUUCAUCACCUCUACAAAAAAUACAUCCUUCCCCUCAUUAUGGGCAGCCGAGAGGACAAGAAGCAUCUGCAGAGGAUGGAGAGCAACAUUGCGGCAAUGAGUGGCACGCUGACACAGACAGUAAGCCAGCUGCAGCAGACCCUGGUCUCCAUCCAGGAGCUCCUGGUCCAGCAGCAGCAAAGGAUCCAGGAGCUCUCUCAGGAACUGGCUACAGCAGAGGCAUCGUCUUCAACCAGCCGUGUCCUGGACAACCAAACAGUUGGAGAGCUGAAGGCUGAGAUCAUCUCUUUGAAGGGAUUACUGCUCAGCAGAAAACAAUUCCCUUCCACACCGACUAUUCCUAAGAUCCCCGCAUGGCAGAUUCCCCUGAAGCCGCCUUCAGCACCCGGCUCGCCGUCCAUCAACAACAGCAGCAGCGACAUCUCUCCUGUCAGUAACGAGUCUGCAAACUCCUCCCCCGUUAAAGAUGGACACCACAGCCCCCAGGAUGCACUGGGAGGGCCUGAUGGAGCUCAUGGUAUCAACGGCGAUGUCGGCACAACGCUGCCCCUGGACCUGAAGGAUCAAGUCCGCAUGGAGGUUCAGGGGGAGGAGGAGAAAAAGGAGGAAGAGGAUGAUGUCAGCCACGUUGAGGAGGAGGAGGAGGAGGAGGGUCUAAGCAUGCAGACAGAGGAUCGAAGAGGUGGGGAUGGACAGAUUAACGAACAGGUGGACAAACUGAGGCGGCCCGAGGGUGCCAGCAAUGAGAGCGAGGUGGAUUAGACAACAGUAGAAAGCACAAAAAUACUCUCCAAACACAGCUUCUCAUCUCUGCUGACAGCUUUGUUUCAUUCUGCUCCUCUCUGCUCGCGCUCAUCCUGUUUGUUUUUCUAUGUUUUAAAUCCGUCCUCACUGUCUGUUUCCACUUGUAACAUCUUAAUCUUGAGCAAAAUGAGGAGGUGUGGGUGUGAGAAAGUGAAAAACUGACAAAUAUCAGUGUCUAGUUGACGCGCAGCUUACCUCAAUUUAGUUUUCAUCAUGCAAACUAAAUGAUUGUAUGCCGAGCCAAGUACCACAUUGUGACGUUUCUAUGUAAGGAGAAGUGACGGGUAGUCAAAUCAAACUUAUUUCGAAAUGCUUGAUGCAGUACUAAGAGUACGUGACUUACUGCUUUUAAUUUUCAUGAUUUGAUCAGAUAAUUCACAGCUUUGCCGUGGUGCCCUUGUAGUUGUACUAAAGCUCUUACAGACCAAAGAGGUAGUGUUGCACAGACUCUCUCUCUCCUCUAUAGUGCAGCUGUAGGUCAGGAGUCAUAUGUUGGUACUUCGGUCUCAAAGUUACCGUGAGCUUCCAGAGAAGCAUUAGCAGAGUUUGUCUCCCCUGUUGAUGGCAAUAGGAGAGGACAAGCUCUUCCAGGGCCGGAGCUUUUAGCCUCUUUUAUGUGUCCUUUCGCAUUGGUGUCAGUCUGUCAAUAAUUCACAAGGCCAGCAGGGUGGCAUUUGGGUGAAAUAAAAGCCCUGAAAUUCGAGAUUAGAAUGUGAUGACGGGCUUUGUUCCAUGCCGGUGUCAGAGUGCUCAUACACUCAAAGGAGGGGAAGAUGAAUGUUUUUUUUCCUUUUUCACUGAGGGCUGAAUUGUGCAUCUUUGCGGGAGCGUGUUUGUGCGUGGCAGGCGAGAAAAAACCCAGGCUGUCUGCUGAGCUGUAUCUGUGUCUCCAGCAGGGCAGCUGAUUUGGUUUGUGAAGUAUGUUAAUAAUCAAAUGAUCAACAAAUAACAGAUGUAUUAGUUCAUGCAGCUUGAAAUGUCAAGGAGGCUAAAAGCGGAAAUCUAAUACAGAAAGCCCAGUUGCAUUGUAUUAUUUUCCGUGACAAACCCUGCGGUCCAAAUUAUGUAGGGCCUCCUACAGUGAGUAAUCUUUACAGAAAACGGCGCCAAUAUUUUGUAAUUAAGCUGCAGUAAGACAACGAGGGCUGCCACAGAUGGAAGUUGCAGAACUUGUAUCACUUUUUUUUUUCUUCUUCUCAGUGUGGAGGUGGAUGGGGGAAGUUUAAAAAAAAUGCCCCAUGAUUGAAAAGGAAAGUAAUAAAUGAAUACUUGACUUAUUGAAUUACUCACUCCGUCUCCAGCUAACAAGAAGACUCCAUGAGUGAGAAGAAGGGAUAUCAGCUCUCGUGCCAUUUCCACCUCCAUCACAUGGCCUCUUAGGAACACAGAAAAGGUAGACGGGCACUGCACAUUUCUGUGUGACACCAGUUCUCAUCUGCAGAUUAUGUUUACUUGUGUUGAUUGACUUUAUGUUAAAAGUGUCUAAUAAUGAGGCAAUGACAUUGCAGUUUGCUGUAAAAUAUAUAUUUUUGAUUUCUUUGAAAUUAAUUUGUAUGGAUGGAUAAGGUUGUUUGACGAAGUGCAGAAUCAAGAGGUGUAAGUAAUGCUUCUUCAACACUGUGGUUUCAGUGAUUGGUCUGCUCUGUAACCUGCUGAUUACUAUCUGAAUUUCAUCCAAAGUGUACAUAGGUGUAAUAAAUUUGGUUUGUCUGAAAUAUCUGAUAUAUUCAUUUUAAACCAACUGGACACAAAAUACUACUGUAUGCUACUAUUAAAGGACAAACAUAGUAUCACUGGGAUUUCCAUGUUUAUAUUUUACAUUUCUUGAAUUCUGUUCCUGUCACUGUAACAUCUGGAAAAUAGAUUUUUGUUUGUCUUUUUUUCUUUCAUUUAUGUAUUGUCAAACAUACUCAAAAUAAAAAAAUACUCAAAUACUUGACUUGCAGCAAAGAACAGGGUGCUGGUUUAAAAUCACAAUUGAGUAAAAAUGUACUUAAUUUGUGUUUCAAUCCAUCCAGUUAACAUUAAAGGAAAGAAAAGUGCACAAA